AAAAGACCAGGAGCUGGUCGGGUCCCACUGGUCAUCUCUGGGGCAGCUGGUGAAGGCUUUGUCCCAAAUGGGGGGAGGGGAGGUGUUGCUGUCAUCGCCCCACCCUCAGGCGGCAGGUUCUGCUGAGCCCUCUGACUACAGGUCCCCGCAGUGGCUUCCUGGGCAGCCCUGCGCCUCCCAGCAGCCCCACCUCCCUUUCUGGCCGCGGUGAGGGGCGGACGCUGCCACUGCCAAGCCCUCCGUCGCCCACCCUCGCUCCCACUGGAGGGUUCCUUGGACCCACCUGGGUGAUGCACCCGCCAGCACGCAGCUGGCUGCCUGAGGUCCCCCCACUUCCUGACCAACGUGGAGAAGGGUCCUAGUUGUCUGGUCACUGCAGGUGGACGGGACGCUCCCACCAGGCCCUGUCCCCAUGCCUCCCGCUGGCCUACACCUUCCCGGGGCCCCAGUCCAGCAGGCAGCUGUCACAUCGGAAGGGGUCCUUCGCAACCCCCCACCCCGGACAGCAGGACAGGGUGGGACUGGGUCUGGCCUGGCUAUGCCCAGGGAGUGCCAGGAGCAGGGCCCGGCAGGGCAGUGACCCCCAUGGCACCUUGGCUGGGCCUGGAGGUGCACCUGGCCUUGCACCUGCCCGGCACCACACACCAGGAGCCUCUCACACCAGGUGAGGCUGGGACAGGCCGGAGGGCCACCAAGGAGGGGCGCUGGGAGGGAGUGACCGCUGUCCAGUCCCCAGGGCUGAGUGCCCCUUGGCUCUGCAGAAGGCCCUGGCCCAGGUGGAGGACCUGCUGCUGGUGAGCACGCUGGAGAUGUGCGUGGAUACCCGUGAGCACAGCCUGGGCAACUUCGGGGUGCACCUGCCCAACCUCAGCCAACUGAAGUUGAACGACAGCCGCCUGGGCUCCGUGAGAGACCUGGGCACCUCCCUGGGCCGCCUGCAGGUGCUGUGGCUGGCUCGCUGUGGCCUGACUGACCUGGAUGGCAUCGGCUCCUUCCCGGCCCUGAAGGAGCUGUAUGUCUCCUACAACAACGUCUCGGACCUCAGCCCGCUCUGCCUGCUCGAGCAGCUGGAGGUGCUAGACCUAGAGGGCAACGACGUGGAGGACCUGGGGCAGGUGCGCUACCUGCAGCUGUGCCCGAGGCUGGCCGUGCUCACCUUGGAGGGCAACCUGGUGUGCCUGCGGCCAAGCCCCUCCGGCAAGGCGCCCCGGGGCUACAACUACAGGGCACAGGUGAGGGAGCUCAUCCCCCAGCUGCAGGUCCUGGACGAGAUGCCCGCCACGCAGACCCGCCUGCCCACCGCCCGGAAGCUGGACCAGGACUGGCUCCUGGUGAAGGAGGCCAUCAAGGAGGGCAGUGUCCUGGACAGCCUGCUUCCCAGGCUGGAUCAUCCCCACGGAGACCCCAUUCGAAGUUUCGGCCCUGAGCUUUCCCGGCCUGAGCUCCAGCCCCGGGCCACCAGGCCUUGGCCCCUCUCCCUGCUGGCCCCUGGGGGACCCCUGCCCGAAGCUCUGCUUCCCAAGGACACAGCCCCAGAGGAUGACACCAGCAACCUCACCCACGGCUCCGGCCACGUCCUCUGCGGAAACCCCACCAAGGGCCUUCGGGAACGUCAGCACCACUGCCAGACCUGGGUGCCCCCAGAGCAGCUGCCCCCACACAGGCCUGAAGACCUGGCCACCAGGGCCUCCGCUCCAGGGCGUGACCCUGCAGACAGCCGGGACCUCCUGCCAUUGGCUGGACUUCGGGCGUGGAGGGAACUGCAUCUACGGCGCCUGGCUUCUGGGCAGGCAGGGGCAGCAGCUCCCUGGGGCCCGCGGCGGGGCCCUGAGGAACAAGAGGACAAGACCUCCCCCAGCUCCUCAAGCCAGGUCCCAGGGCCUUCCAGGACCUCGGGCUAUAACCUGCUCCCCUCUCCCCCCAAGGUCCCCAUGCCACCUGAUUCGAGCAGCAGCUCCUGGGGGUCCAAAGACCUGCAGUUCCGGGGUCGUCGGCUCAGAGCCCUGGGUCGCUCGGGGCCUGGCCGGGGUCAGGGGCUGGCUGCAGUGGAUGCUCUGAGGUCAGCCCUGGAGGUGGACUCCGGCCCGAGUUCUCCGGCCCAAGGAUGUCCAGGCCCAAGGCCAGCACCAGACCCAGCAGCCAAACCUCCAGCCCCGUGGUGUUUGCCACACCUGAAGCCCAUCACCCCAGCCCAAUCCCACCCCUAGUGUAAACCCCACCCGCUGCCCAGCUGGCUGGACAGGACCAAGGGGACCCAGCGCCUUUGAGGCUCCUCAUAGAACCCAGAUCAUCUGGGGGGAGGUCGUGCGGGAGGAGGUGGGCCUGGCACAGAGAGGCCCCUCUUGCUGGAGAGAAGUGGGGAGUUGGGACCAGCCGGGAGGAGGCGCAGGGCCCCCACUUCUGUGGGGCAAACCUUCCCAGGCCUGGAAGAGACCCGGGGGGCGGGGGGGACCGCCCCUGGAGCUGUGUCUGGGGCCAAGCGCUCGCCUUAGGCAUUCAAGAGUGCGGCCGGGCCCCCAUCCCAGGCGGACUUGUAGGGACGGGGCGGGGACACCGGGAAACCCAGAGAAUCCUUUCGACUCCCAGGUGUACAGAAAUGCAGUUUACUUCGUAGGUGACGUUGGUUCAAUAAAUCAGCUGGCA